AGCUGUUGUCACCGUACAAUAUCUUAUAUCCGUAUCAUAAUAUUCGAAAAACAUAUCCGAAAAUUUAUAUGAAAUAUUAAAUCAUAAUAUCAGAAAUACCAAAAAAUAUAAACAAUAAUUCAAUAAAAUUCGUUUUGAAAAUUGAUACAUAAAUUUAAAAUUUUCUCUAACUAUUUGUAUAAUUUCAAUAAAUAACUAUUUCAAUAAUAAAUUCAAACUGUAACUCAGUAAAUUUUUAUUGCCGUAAUAAAACAAAAAUAUGGACAUUAAAAAUUUCAGUGAGCCAUCGAUUACUUUGUUAAGAAUACGUUAAGAAAACAUCUUACUCCAAGUGAGUAAAUUUUCAUAAAUUAUUUAUACGGGCAUUUUAAGGUGAGGGUGAGGUAUGGAUACAUUUUACACCCGCGCUAUUCAUGCUUUCCAUGAACACCGAGGAGUUGUAAAUGGAAUGUCAUCGGGAAUCGCUGCAACUUGGGAUAAAGAUGGUGUGCUCAGUCUCAUUGUUGUCCUUGGAGGAAGUCUUUCCCUUGUUGCACUUGUUUUCGCUUUCAUAACUUACAGCCUGUUUUCCGACUUACGAAGUUUGGCGGGAACAACGCUGAUGAAUUUACUGGCUUCUCUGUUUAUGGUGCAACUUCUUUUCAUUAUCGGUGUUGGCGGAGUUCAGGAUUCAGAACUGUGCAUCGGUCUUGGAUUAAGCCUUCAAUACUUAAGAAUAUCAGUAGUUUGUUGGAUAGUUGCUAUGUGCCAUCAUCUUCAUGCGACCAUAGCUUCAGUUCGUGGAUGCGAUGACCAACCAACGUAUCUUAAGUACAGUAUUUUUGCUUGGGGAACACCACUGCUUACUCUCGGAGCGUCUAUACUCGUCCAAACUUAUGAGACCAACGAUUUCUGGAACGUCACGGAUCUUACACCCUUCAACUGUUGGUUUUUAGGUACUAAGGCUACAAUCUACACCUACAGUCUACCAAUCAUUCUUCUAAUCCUUAUCUCUGGAUACUAUCUUUUCAAUGCUGCUAUAAUAGCGAGAUAUACUUAUAGUAUGCAGUUGGAAAUAAAGCAACGAGAAAAGAUGAAAAAAAGGCAAACCCUUCAGCUAAUACUUUUCCUGAAGAUUUGCUUAACUGUUGGUUUCAUUGCUGGUUGUGGUGUAGCAGCAAGAGUAUGGAGAAUACCUCUGCUGUGGGCGAUUUUUUGUACCGGACACUCACUCCAGGGUCUCAUCGUAGCGCUAUCCGUAGCUUGCAACUGCAAAGUAUUAAAAGUCUACGCCAGAAAGCGAACGCAGUCUAAACAACAGAUUGCAAAGUCAUCGAGUAUGCAGCUAUUGGCUCCACAUCCUGACCCGGUGUAAAAAUAAUAAAUUCUAUCGAGAAUAAAAAAAUAUUUGAAAAAUUGACCAAAAUUCACAGCGCGAAUUACCCGUGCUAUUUAUCAUCUCGUUUCCAUUUAAAUUGUUUUAGAAGAUACUAAAUAAUAUUUUUACACAAAUUUAUUAUUAUUUAUUUUAUACUCACACUAUUUUUAGUAUAUAUUUUUAAACCUUUAUCAAAUUAUUUACUUCGAAAGCUAAAAUAUAUAUUAAGUAUUUGAAAAAAAAUGUUGAAUAUAACAAUAAAAAUUUAUCAUAAACUAGAUGUAAAUAAGGGCAACAAAAACUUAGUGUAGGUUUCUAUAACAAUAAUGAUAGAAAAUAAAGAUAAUUUUUGUUGAAAGGUCACCGACACGCCUUAUUAAUCUCAAUAAAAUAAUGUCGGCGAUGAAAAUAACUCUCUAAAAAUGAAUUAGUGAAAUUCACUGCGAAUUUGUGCGGCUGCCUAAUUUCAAAACAUAGUAAGGGAUAAAUUUCCAAAAUUGAUUUAUUAGUAUUUUUAGUUCCAGUGGAGUCUUAUGGUCAUGAUUCAAUACAUAUUUUAAAAAUUCUAUCUUUGUCAUCCCGAGUCGAAAUAUUAGACGUAAAUUGAACGUUCUUAACGUUUUGAACGUAAAUUGACCGUUUUUUAAUUAUUCAAAACGUAGAUUGAACGAUUACGAAUCCCAAACGUGAUUAAAAUCUUGUUAGGUUAACAAUAAGGAGAUAAACAUAACCAAACAUUUUUUCAUUAACAGGAGUUAUAUUGUCAUCCCACCAAGAGAAUGCACCUCGGGUGUCGUCGGUUUUUACUCCCACUCUAUGUAUUUUAUGUGCUAAAUGUUCUCCCACUUUUCUGUGCGCUUGCGCAGUUCAUAAAUGUUCGGUAGUGCGGGCAAUUUCCGAGGUGCAUUCUCUUACUGGGACCACAAUAAGACAUUUUCGGCUGGGUUUCUUUCGGAAACAAAAUCUCUCAAUACAAAACACAGACCGCACUUUGAUACAUUACUGUCUAAUUUCGCGAAGUGCGCUUUAAUUGUUUGAUAAUAUUCGUUUGUUUAAGAGAAAAACUCGGCCAAAGUUUCCAUUUACUGCCUAAGUGCAACAAAAAUAGUACCGUUCGUGGACUUCAACCAGUGGUAUACUUAUAGCUGGUUCCCACACUGUGGAAAAUUGGGAGUGAAUUCUGAGUGAUUACGGAUCUUAAUUCAAUCUGAAUUCACUUCGUUCCUCGGGGUUCUGGAGUUUAAAAAAAAAAUCACUUCGCACUCUAAACAUGAAUUAGUGAAAAUAAGUGAAUAUUCACUAAUUCCAAGUGCAAACCGAACCACUAAUUUCAAAAAGUGGUUCGGCUGGCACUCAGAAUUAGUGAAUAUUCACUUAUUUCACUUAUUCAUGUUUAGAGAGCAUCCGGAGUAAAUAGGGAGUUUGUUUUUUCAGCGGUGUAAUUUCGGAGUAAUCUGGAUUUUAUUUAAAUCCGUAUUCACUCUAACCCGGUGUUUCAAUAUUAAAUUAAACUUCCCUUCGGAGUGAAUUCCACUCAAAUAAUUAAACAGUCAUUCGCUUCACAUUCACUCCACUAAUUUUUUACAGUACAAUGCAUAUUUACUAAUUCGUAAUGAAUUUCACUGCUUCAUUUUCGGAGAGAAGAUAAAACGAGCUAUAUAAAUUUUAGCUAGUUAAACAUUUUGUCGAUGUAAAUUAAUGUUGAGCCUAAUAUACAUAUGUACCUUUAGUAAUGUCCAUCAAUAUGUAUUUACAGACCAUAAUGUCAAUAAGUUGAUUUUAAUUUGCAUACUUGUCAUUGUCCUGCUGUAUAUGUAUAAGGAAAACUAGGCUAAUAUGAGCGAGACACCAAAGAAUUUUCAGAAUGAUGACUCAAAGUGGAAUAACAUUUUUCAAAAAUCAAAAUAUUUUAAGUUAUUGGCAUAGGGCGGAUGCUCAACGCUUGUAUAAAAAGGUUUAUUUAUAAUAGAUCCCUUUAUAUUAUGUUGAUGAUUUUUAUAUUACAUUAUUAUGUUAAGUAUUAAAAUGUUUUAUAUGUAGCUACGAAAAGCAUUAAAAUUAACUCUGUUGAAUCUUAAUUCGCAC